CUUGGGGGUGAGUAAAUCAUGGGAUAACUUUCAUUUUUGGCUGAACUAUCCCUUUAACAAAAGUUUUGAUUGACUUGCACAGUUGUUGCCCUCAUAGUGUUUCCCAGCGUUAGUGGGUGUGCUUUCGAGCCAACCAAUCGCGAUUGAUUCUGUCAUCGCGACGCAACGACCGUCUUGAGUUCACCAAACCCCUUCAAGUUACAACAAGAGAUAGCAUGCUGGCUAAUGUUGAGGGCGUGCAGCGAAGUCGGGACAUUUAAAUAGUUUAAAACAAUAUAAAUUAACCCAAUAUCAAUGGAUGAAGAACGUGGCAUAAUGUGAAGUAUCGCCAGUGCAACAAUUUCAGCAAAAGUCGAAGCGCCCUCUUUUAACAUGGCUACUCGAGAGGCACGGCAGUACCGAAGGGCUGCUAUCAAGCAGGAGCAGGACGACGACUCUGACGCAGAGGAACCGACUAUUUCGUUAAAGAAAACUGACGGACGAGAGUCGCAAAUCAUCCACAGCGGUCAUUUUAUGGUGUCUUCUCCUCAUACCGACCACCCCCCGAAGAAAGGUUACGACUUCGACACUGUAAAUAAACAAACCUGCCAGACGUAUCAUUUUGGAAAGACUAGCACGUCGCAUCUCUCUAUUGAUGCUUCCCUGACGAAGCUGUUUGAGUGCAUGACCCUUGCGUACAGUGGAAGGUUGGUGUCACCAAAAUGGAAGAACUUCAAAGGCCUCAAGCUGCUGUGGAGGGACAAGAUUCGCCUCAACAAUGCUAUUUGGAGAGCCUGGUAUAUGCAAUAUGUAGAGAAGAGACAGAACCCUGUUUGCCAUUUUGUUACACCUUUGGAUGGCAAUAUGGAUUCGGGAGUACAUCGCCCAACAGAGGCAAUAGCAACAGAAGGCAAGUACUGGAAAAGGAGGAUUGAAAUCGUCAUCAGGGAAUAUCAUAAAUGGAGAACAUAUUUCAAGAAAAGAUUACAGAAGCACAAGGAUGAAGACCUGUCCAGCCUUCUCAAGGGUGCGGAGGAACAGUUUUCACUCUUUGGGGAAGUGUGUCCAGACACCUACCGUGUCCUCUUCUGCCAGGAUGAGGAUAUCAGUGUGGGAGGUCGUCGUAGGUCCCGCAAGAGUCGCGAUUCACCUGUUCCAAUGGAGAUGGACUCCCUUUUUGACAUGGACGUGCUCAUGUCUGAAUUCUCAGACACGCUCUUUUCCACACUGGCCUCUCAUCAGCCUGUAGCAUGGCCCAAUCCGAGGGAGAUUGCCCAUGCAGGUAAUGCAGACAUGAUCCAGCCCGGCCUCAUCCCACUGCAGCCCAAUCUGGACUUCAUGGACACUUUUGAGCCUCUGCAAGAUUUGUUUCACACCCUGCGUCAGCCAGUCUUCCCCUCCACUUCCCCCACUGCCCCACCAGUCACCCCCCUAACCAGCAGCAGCUCCCAAACACAGAAUCCCUUGCUGUCAUCCAUGCCGCUCUCCUCAGAGCUUCCCUCAAUGCCACUGGACUACCGCCUCCUCCCGUCUUCUCCACUGUCCAGCCAUCUUUCCGUCGCCAACCAGGACAAUGGUAAUGCUGCUGGCACAUCCUACCAACAAUCCUACAUGCGUCUUUUCACCGAGCAAGUGACCCCCUCCGUCCCAUCUCUCCUGCCACCACCAGCUCCACCUCUCCCACCAGCCCCACAACCUCUCCAGUGUGGAGGUGUUUCUACAGUCACUACAGUCCCUCAGCCCACCCCAAGCCUCACAUCUCCUUCUGUAAUAACGCACUCCGCCCCUUCCACAGUAACUCCCACUGACGCAGCCACUACUUUCAGUCGCAGGUCAAGCUUUGAGCUGCCUGCCGCACAAUCUCCACAGCCUGCGGCCUCAACCUCUGCCUCACUGAACUCACAGCCAGCCAACUUUGCCUUGCCCAAAUCCAUUCUGCCUCCUGUUUCUAGCAAAAAAGCCAGACACCCACAGAGAGCGAUUGUCCCGGCCAAUCCACUGCCGCCAUCUCAACUCAUACUCACAGGUUCCACCCACGCUGUCCUUGUUACUCCUGCCCCUCUCAACACUGAUGUUGUCCCCACCACUGGUAUGGUCAUUCCCUCCUCCAGAAUUCCUUGUGUUUCUGCUGGUUUUCAUAUUCUCCCUCAGACACAGAAGUCUCCCCAACCAAUCGUACCCAAAGAGGAAACUGCCACAACUGUAUCCAACAACAAGACAUCAGUACAGUCAACAAGUACAGCACACGAUGGGCGGGUCUCAGGUCAAGGGUCACCAUUGGGACCAGAACAGGUACCAAGCCCCCAGUCACCUCUCAACACCAGUGCAGGCAUGGGCAAAAAUGAAGCCUGUAAGAGUCGGAGAGUUACUCACAUAUCUGCUGAGCAGAAGAGGCGAUUUACCAUAAAUGUCUGCUUCAAGACAUUGUGUAAUCUUGUGCCGACUCUCAAGUCUCAAUCAAAUAUCAGUAAUGCUGCAACACUUCAAAAGACGGUUGACUACAUUGGCAAACUACAACUCGAGAGACAACAGAUGCAGGAAGAGACCAAGAGAUUACGAGAGGAGAUUGAGGAGCUUAAUACAUCUAUAAGCUUGUGCCAGGAACAGCUUCCUGAUACAGGGGUUCCUGUCGCACGUCAUCGCUUUGACCACAUGAGGGAGAAGUUUGAGGACUAUGUGAAGAACAGAACUCUUCAGAACUGGAAAUUCUGGAUAUUUAGCGUCAUUAUUCAACCUCUUUUUGAGUCCUUCAAUGGGACAGUGUCUACCACCAACAACACAGAGCUGUGUGAAACCACCAUGCAGUGGCUGGAUCGUUACUGUGCCCUCCCUGUCCUCCGACCUAUGGUACUCAGGACAUUACGACAACUCUGUACCAGCACAUCCAUCUUAAGCGAUCCUGCACUUUUACCUGAGGAAGCCAAAAAAGCUGUUCUCAACCCAAAAAAACAUUCCUCAUGAUCUUAGUUUUAACCCUCCAACAUCUAAAAUGUGAUUUUGAGAAUUUUUAUCCAGGCGUAUCAGUCUUUGGGAGCCUUGAAAACAAUACCUUGUUUUGCCUGUGGUGAGAUCUUUGCUUUGUUGUUACUCAUUUAGCUUGAACUCCAUUCAAAGUGGUGGAAAUGCAAGACUGCUUGAUUUGUCUUAAAUAUGUUCAUAGAAGUGUUAUGGACAAAAUGGAGAACUCCACGUACAUGGUCAAAUCCCUUUUGUAUACUUCUCUUAUGUACAGGAAGAUACAAAUGGACGCUCAGUCAUGAAAAGAAUAAGCUUCCCCCUUUUUUUUCUUUUUUUUAGAUUUUAAGGCAAGAAAUGACAAACCAAAGUCCAUCUCUCUUGUUUACGUUUAUCAUCUUGAGAGGCAUACAGCUGGCAUGUCUCCAAAUUCUUUGUGUUUCUCUGACUGUUUUGUUUUAUUAGAGCUGUUGCCUUGAGACUUUUUGGACUUUACCUCUCAGGGUGUUUUUUUGUUUUGUUUUGUUUUGUUUUGUUUUGUUUUUUCAUAUGUUUGGGUGUCUUCCAUGUUUGAUGCUGUUAUUCUGAUUAUUUAGUGCCCUUUUGGAAAUCGAUCCUUUGUUCACCCAAAAACUGCAGCACCAUUGAACAAAUACAGGAUAUUUGAAGCAUUUAAGUGCAUAGACAGAUGCACGGGCCUGUAAAACUAUCUGCGAAAAUGACAAAUAGAAGUACAGACACAAAUAUUUAUAUUCAUAUAAGUGUGAGGUGCAUUUGUUAUUUCAUGAGAUGAACAUGUAAAAGACCAUUUAAUAGCAUUUGAUUGGCUGAUUAGUGUGUUUUCUCUCGGGGAGGACGUCAUAAUAUCAGACACCUGAUUCAGCAGUUGAUAUUAAACGGCCCACAGGUCUAAAAUGUAAGGACGUAGCAUCUAUUAUUACAUAUUAAAAGUUAUUUUUCACUGUGUGCUCUGAAUGCUGAUUUACUCAACAUUUUGUUUCUGCAUUUACUUGGUGAAUAAAACAAACAAACAAACAAAUUAACCUUUCCAACUGUGGACUGUUCCCAAUAAAAAUGUAAGAUUUUGCAUUCA